AUGAGUAACCAUAAUCAUAAUACGCAGCUUAAUAAACGAGGAACAUUAUAUUCAAAGCAUGGCUGUGAACCAUGUAAAAAAGCCCAUGUUAAAUGUGAUGAGUCGAAACCCUUUUGUGAAAAAUGUAUAAAAGCAAACAAAAUAUGUACGUAUAAAGGUGGCUUCGUUAAUAAGAUCGUAAAUACAAGAGACAACUUCAUUAAAAAACCUCCAAUCAAAGAACAAAAAUAUAUUAGAAAUAUUAAAAAUAUCGAUCAUAAUAUUGACAAAAAUAGAUCUGUAGUUAUAUCAGUUUUUCCACAAAGUGCAUUUCAUAAAAAUUCAGCCCAAAAAUUUAACCAAGAUAAAACAACAGGUGCUGUCCAUAGAAUACCAUCAACAUCGCCUAGUUAUAACACUCAUACUCAUGCAGGUAAUGUGGAUCAAAAGAAAAAGAAAAAAAGUAAUAUUAAAAUAAAGCAAUUUACAAUGUAUAGCAAUCCAAUUCAACUUUCGAGUGGUUCUCAAAAUUCAAUUGCACCAAGUAAUAUGAAUACACAAAAUAAUAGCCCUAACACUAGCCCUGAAAAUAAUAAUAUUGAUUUAUUAGUUGAUAUUAAAGGUGAAAAACCAAUCAAUGGCCUGUUAUUUAUACCUAGAUCAGAAUUAUAUCGAUUAACCCUUUUGAAUAUAGAUUUAGAAUAUUUUGAAAAAAGUUUCAAUUUACCAGAAAAAUUUUCCUUUACCGUUAAUGAUAUAAUACGCUUACGUGGACUAGCUAUGGACCGUAAUACAGAGCAAAUAGCUUUUGAUGAUCCUUUUAGAGAGCUCAUAGAAAGUCCGAAUUAUGAUUUUAAUAAUAUUACCAAUAACAAUUUAAAAAUUUUAAAUGAAAAUAAAUUUUUAGCAUUCUGUUGGAAAAUAUUUAUUGCCAAUUCAAUGAAUGGGCACAUGAAGUUUUUCCCAGAUGAUAAGUAUCAUAAAGAGUUGAAAGAAUUGUGGGAGAUUGGUAAGCAUUUUGUGUCAUUGCAUCACAUCAUAAUCUAUAUUGCAUCUGUUAUAAUUCAAAACUAUUACUAUAAUCCCAAAAAUCUAUUUAAUAGUAUCGACAAAAAGAUUGAAGAUAAUCACACUAUGAUUUUAAAACUAAAACAACAAAAAUUAUCACCAAUUUGGGAUAGGUACGUUCGUUUACCAUCAUUAAAAUCAUGUUAUAAUUAUCUUAAAUCCAUUGAAAAUAAGCAGCAUACAAUAAAUGACUUGAUAUUUUUGGUUGUAUUUGGGGAGAUUUCUAUUAAUAGUUUUAAAAAUGGUAAUCAGAUGGGGUGGAAAUUACAUUUAAAAGAAAUGAUACGUUGUCUCCAUAUUAUUAAUAAAAGUAAAAAACAGUUGGAAUAUUUUACAGUUUUUGAAAAUUGUAAAUCGUGGUUAAACUAUCUGGAAGCAACAUCUUUCUUGCUGAAUUAUAAAGGUGGAGCAAUUGAAAUAAUGGACUAUAUUCCCAGCAAUGCAUUAAUCUCAAAAGUGACCGAUAAUAAUUUGUCAUUAUAUAAUAAAAAAUUCAAUUUAAUCACCGGUUACGUUAUGGAUUUUGAUUUAAUAUUUCAUAAAUUAUUCCAAAUGAGUUUAAAUUUGAAGAAAGAUUUUAAUAUCAUUAUUACUGGCGCAAAUAUCUGUCAACUUCGAUUGACGAAUAAAAAUCCAAUAAUAGAAAGUAAAUUAAAUGAUUUCGGUUUAAAUUUGAUGGAAGAUUUAAAAUAUUUGGAUAAUAAUAUAAAUAUUGAGAAAGUUGUUGAAAAAGUUGCUGAUAUUCGAAGGAAAACUGCAAUUGUUUACAGCCAUAGAGCUUGUAUAAUUGCAUUAAACUUAUAUUUUAGGUGUUUUUUUUUAAAGAAAAAAAAAGACAAUGGCGAUGUAGGUGAUGAGCAUAAGAUGGUAAAGAGGAAGAUGAAAAAGAAAUCUCGUAGCAAAGCUAUAAUUAAAUUAAAUAAUAGCUACGAUGUAGAUGAUGAUGCCGAUGAAGGUGAAAUUUAUGAAAAAUUAUUCAAAGAAUUUUUAUUUUCAUGGAAAUUUAUUCCAGUAUCAAAUAGUUCUAACUUCAGAAUUCAUUGGACAUUAGUAGUGGUAGGUAACGUUUGUAUAAUGUUGGGCAGGUUUGAUGUAUUAGAAGAAGUUCGAAAUAUUUUAAGAAAAUUCAUGAACUUAAUGCCAUUUAUUGUUCCAAGAGAUAUUCGAGAGUUAGAACUAUUGGAAGAGUCUAUUAAAACUGGUAGUUUUGAAAAGAUUGAAAAUUUUGAAUAUGGCCUACCUGCAUUUUAA